AUGCACGAGACUUUACUUAAUGAGUCUAGGUUGCGAAAAGGUAGAUUAUUAUCUUCUGAGACCAGCCAUGCCAAACAGCUGGCUCUUGCCGCGAAAGAAAAGGACGAACUUACCAAGAAGCUGGAGAGUCUGAAGAAAAUGCACGAGGCCCUGCUUAAUGACUCUGAGGCCCAGAAAGUCCGGAUUACUUCUUCUGAGGCCAGCCAUGCCAAACAGAUGUCCUUGGCAUUAAAGGAGCUUUUAGAAAAGCUUGCUAUUGCUGAAAAGGCGAAGAGUGAUUCUGAACUCCGAUCUUUAACUUUCAUGAAUAAUCUUUCAGAACGUACUGCGGAAUUGACAUCUUUACAUGAACGUUUGAAACUUCAAGAUAUGGAGUUGGAGCGCCUCAGGAGUUUACAGCAUUUACCCGAUUCAACUGAUUCGAAUAAUGUUACUCGUAAUUCUCUCAAUAGACAAUGGAGUUACAAGGAUACAAAACGUCGAACCAAUUCGUAUUGUUGUUCUAUAAUGUAA